AUGAGCAACAGGGAAAAUGUGGUAGGAUUUCAAUUUGAGCCUAUCAGGCGAAAUGCUAAACCAAGUACUGACUCAGAUUCCAGCUGGGAGAGCAGUGAUGAGGAUACUGAUCAAGAAGAAGUCGCUUCACGUGUUGAUGUUGCUGUGAGCAUGUGGUGCAAGUGUGGAAAUUGUAAGGAAAUACCGAGCGAAGCGGAGUGUCUUUGCUGUUGCGAGUUAGAAUCCGCGAAUAUUUUUAAUUUGAUCGAUAACUUCAUUACAGAACAUGAAAACUUCCACAGCAUCAUACUUUUGAAGGAGGUUUUAUGGACCGCAUUGGUAGGAAUGCAUGACACAAAUGUGAGUCAUCCACCACGACGAGAAAACGUAACCAACAAGACUUAUAGGUACGCAAGUUAUAGACAGUUUACUUGGUGGGUGCAUAAAAGCAUAGGGAGAGGAGUUCGUCGAGUGAUACGUAUUCGAAUUAGAUAA